AUGUCGAUGUCGGAGAAGGGGUCUCAGUCCAUGCCGGAGAUUGGAUUUUGGGGGAAAAUGUUCAGUGGGGGCAGAAUCUUGGGGGGUGACGAAAGGGGCAUUAUUGACUUCACCAUUUUUGGGAAAGCUCUAGGAAAAGAGAUGCUUUUCAGUAUCAAGUUCAUUCCCGGCGAUCGGAUAAUGGAGCAAGGUCAAGGCUCAGAUUCGGCGGAAAGAUCUGGUGGUGGUAAAAAGGAAAACCGGGGUAAGUCGAAGAGAAGUGCCUGGUACAGUGAUUCAGACAACGACGAUGAUGAUAAGCUCGUAACAAUAGAGAAAGGGUCUAGGAAGAAGAAGUGGUACUCUUCUGAGGAGCACUCGUCGACAAUGAGAGCAGUGAUGGAAAAGACACAAGAAGGUGUAGAAAGAAGAAAGGUAGAAGGAGAAGUAGAAGCAGCAGGAAAGGCUAUUCGUCUGAGGAUUCUUCUGAUCCUGAAGAAUCUGGUGGUGGUAGGCGUCCUAGUAGGAGGGAAAAGCACUGAAAGAAGGAUAGGAGUAGAAGGAGAAAGGAAAGUGGCUCAGAUGAUAAUGGUUCUGAAGAUGCAAAUGAACUGGCUUGAAUACCUGGUCUGCCUGCGGUUACUUGGUGAUAAGGGUUUAGUGGUUAACCCGAGGGAAUUAAAUCCCUACCUGAGGGACAAUGGAAGCAGUUACCCUGAAGAAGCGGCGGAUGGAUCUGCUGGAGACCAGCUUUUGUCAUCCUCAGUUGAAGAAGGUGGUGCAAGUUGGAGGCUGAAAGCCUUAAAGCGAGCUCAAGAACAGGCAGCUCGCGAGUGCCGUAAACUCGAAGAGGUUGUAGCUGAAAGAUGGGGUUCUCUAGGUCAGCUAACUGUCUCCGUAUCAUCUCGCUCGGUUUCUCGAGAGUAUUUAAAGGAUGUCUCUAUUCGUAAUUCUCAAAUGAGGAAGCGGAAAGUGGAUAAUACUUUAUCAGGGGGUAAGCGGAAAUUUCAUGAUGUGUCUGCCAAGGAUGCAAGUUUGAUCUCGGCUGCAGCUUCUAGUUUGAACAAGUUCUCCAAUGAUGGAAGCUUUAUGGAUGAGGCUCUCUGGGAGCAGAGAAAUGAUUCUACUGUGGCUGUUGCUUCUUCGAUGUGUGAGGGAGAGCUUUCACAGCAAUCAUCUGAACCCAGCUUCGCAAUUAGAGAAAUUCUAAAUGAGGGGUUGAGUGCAAAUCAGUUAGCAGUGAAGGCCUUGCAGCUUUGCAUGAAGGGAAAGCACGAUGAAGCUCAGAAACUUAUGCAUCAUCUUUCUUUGUCUACCAGAAUGAAGUGGAGAACCUUAAACUCAAGGAACGUGAUGGUGGUGGAAAUUAGUGCAAGCUGCAGGAAACACGAGCAGAGAAAGAAAGAUUAUGAUGCUGAUAUGUAUCUAGCUCGAACAAUAACAAAAAAGCAGUAUAGCAUCUCUGGCCAAGCAGAAGAUGAGUACGGUUAUGAGGUUGCUCCGAAGAAGAAGUCCCGACAUAAGGGGACCAAAAGUAACAAUAGGGCCGAUCAGCCUAGUGCUCUUGGAAAAAGAUUAACAACCCAGCAAGAACGUUGCCUCUUCUGCUUCGAGAAUCCCAACAGACCAAAGCACCUUGUUGUCUCGAUUGCCAAUUUUACAUACUUGAUGCUACCUCAGUGGGAACCUAUCGUGCCUGGUCAUUGCUGUAUAGUUACUGCACAGCAUGAAUCAUCCACGAGAACUGUAGACGACAAUGUGUGGGACAAGAUCAGAAAUUUCAAGAAAUGCCUCAUAAUGCUGUUUGCAAAGCAAGAUGAGGAAGUAGUCGUUCUAGAGACUGUGAUGGGUUUGGCUCAACAACGCCGUCACUGUUUGGUGAAAUGUGUUCCGCUACCAAGGGAUGCAGCAAGGCAGGCUCCUUUGUACUUUAAAAAGGCUGUUGAUAAAGCUGAGGAUGAGUGGAGCCAACACAAUCCCAAGAGAGUCAUCGAUACGAGCAGAAAGGUACUCCGGGCGUCCAUCCCCAAGGACUUCCGCUACUUCCAUGUGGAGUUUGGCAUCAUCAGAAGUUUUGUCCAUGUGAUCGAUGACGAGAAGCAGUUCAAGAGCAGCCUUGGCCUUAACGUGAUAAGAGGCAUGCUCCAACUCCCUGCGGAGGACAUGUACCGCCGUAGGAGGGCAGAGUCCAUUGAAACCCAGAGGCAGGCAGUUGCAAGUUUUGCUCGGGAAUGGGAGCCAUUUGAUUGGACCAACCAACUGGACUAGGUCGUAUCAUAUGGCUUGAGGAAAAUAACUGCAGCUAGGCUCGGUCUCGAAAAAGGAAACAAGGAGAAUUUCAUUCUUAUUGCCGGAGUCGCCUCUAUCGCCAAUUCUUCGGGAAAGUCCGGAAGUUCAUUCUGGUGAAACCGAGAUCAGUCAUCUCUGGUGCUUAUGUAGAUUCAGUAGAGAAGAUUUGAGGUCCUACUAUAUGAGCCAAAUCGUUUUACUGGCUCAUUCUAUCGGUACAGGCUCCUAUUCUCGAAGUUAUUUCUGUUACUGUGAUAGUGUUAUCUCCUUUUGUUAUGACACUUCAUUUGUGUAUUCAUCUGUGAUUCUGCUAGUCUUUGCGGCGGUGCUUAAUUUUGUAUAAAUGGCAAUGGACAGAGAGCAAGCAUUCAAUUCUAGUCGGAGUGAGAUCCUCUGAACUGAAUACAAGAAAGAAUUUGAAUUUCCA